GCAACCAUCUAUGCAAAUAAAACAUAACCCAAUAUAACCUGACAAGGCCUAGGCAGUGGACCAGGAAUUAAACUAAGUUUAAAAAUAUUUUUUAUAUCUAUUUUAGCAUUAAAAAACAAUAAUUCCAUUAUGAAGCGACUUUCGGAGGAACGUAUUAAAGUUCUAUUUGAGAAACUUGCAAAAUACAUUGGGCCAAAUAUUAAAUUAUUAAUAGAGAGGCCGGAUGGUUUAUAUUGCUUUAGAGAACAGAAAGACAGAGUCUAUUAUAUUUCUGAAAAUAUUUUGAAAUUGGCAAACACAAUCCAAUCAGAAAACUUAGUGUCGGCAGGUACAUGUUUUGGAAAAUUUACAAAAACAGGAAAAUUUAGAUUACACAUUACAGCUUUAAACUAUUUGGCACCAUACGCACAAUGUAAACUAUGGUUAAAACCUGCUGCAGAACAACAGUUUCUAUAUGGUAAUAAUGUUUCAAAAGCAGGCUUAGGAAGGAUAAGUGAAAACUGUGAAAAAUAUCAAGGAGUUUUAGUUUACAGUAUGUCGGAUUUACCUCUUGGAUUCGGGGUAGCAGCGAAAUCAACAGCCGAAUGUAAAUUGGCAGAUCCAUUAGCAGCAAUAUGUUUUCAUCAAGCAGAUAUUGGUGAAUAUAUUCGCUCAGAAGAAGAUUUGUUGUAAUAAACUAAUUAUAAAAUAAAUGUAAAUUCUAGGAUUAAAAAAUAAAAAGCAUA